AUGAAUAACCCAGCUGUGUUGAUGUUGAGUAAGGUAUAUGGUAAAUUAAAAGGAGGAAUCUCCACCAUAUACCGUCGGCUAGCACAAGUACUCAGGGAACAUGAACCGGACAUCCCGGUGGUUAGUGCUGUGUUAGAAGCAACGGAUGAGGACAGGGAGGAUGCUACACAUGAUAAAGUGGAACUGCUACUGCCUGAAAUUCAGAUAGGUGAUCAAAGAACUAAGCCAGAUUUUGGCUGGAUGACAUUUGACCAUCGUGCCAAAUACCCACAUCUCCCCUCGAAGGUAAAAGCCAUCGUGGGACACACUGAUGGCACAAGCAGAGCAGCAUGCCGGAUUAAGCAGGACCGCUGUCCAGGUGCAAAAGUCAUUCUCUUCAUCGACGAUAUACCAGAGGAGACCGAGCAAUACAAGGGGGAUGAGGAGGCCAUGGGCAUUGGGAAGAAGGAAGAUUCAAUUCUCAAAGAUGCUGAAGAAGCAGAUACCGUCUUCUCUGUCGGGAACAGGAUCUUUGAUCACUUUGAGAACCAAUUCAGAGCAAUACCUGCCAAUGAGCGACCUCAACAUAUAAGAUUUGUUCCACGGCCUUCUUGUAUCUUCGAACAUGUAGAUGCUGAAUACAAGGACACGGGGACAAUGGUGGUCCUGUGCAUUAGUAGGGUGGCAGGUGUUGAGAAACUAAAUGGACUUGACCUUGCUGUUGACGCGUUGAGCAUUGUUGCAGAGAAGAAACCAAUCACGUUUCGAGUAUGGGGAGUAAACAAAGAAGACAAACAAGCAAUAGAGGCGAUUCGUGAGCUCCGCAAGUCAGCUAAUCUAGAGAUAACAUUCCUCCCUUACGGUACACAGAAGGACAUCUGCAAAAACAUGAAGCAGGCCCACCUGGUUCUGGUGCCCUCUCGCGCCGAACCGUUUGGGUUUGUUGGCCUGGAGGCUAUUGCAGCUGGAGUUCCGGUUCUCGUGUCUGACAAAUCUGGACUGGCAAACCUAAUCAACACGUAUGCUCGACGUUAUCACAACUGCAUUGUUAAGACAGACGUUCGGGGCAAUGAGCAAAGGAAUGCCGCCCACUGGGCUGAUUGCAUUGAGAAGGUCCUGGAGCACUGCAAGGAAGAGUUCGACACAGCUGCACAGUUCAAGAAGGAUCUCUUGGAUACAAGAUACUGGGAGGAGUCAGAAAGACAGUUCAUUGAUGCGUGUAUAUGUGAAGGAGCAUCCAGCGCUACGUAUGCAACUCCGGUACCCAACAUUGGCAUUCAAAGCAACGAAGGUCCCUUUGGGAGCAGUUCCGACGAGGAAAGUCUACAGGAAAACUACAGACUACUGAGGAUCAGCGAGAAAAUCUUUGAUGAAGAAGUACUUAACGAUCCAGAACAACUCGAAAGCAGGCUAUUGGAUUUUAGGGAACACGUUGAUGAUGCAUUGCACUACUUCAAACUGUCAUGCAGAGCAAAGUUACGAGUCCAGUACAAAGUCAAGCAUCAUUAUAGGAAGGUACACAGUAUGGUAUUUUCGCGUUUGGAAAGAGAUCUAAGAAGCUUUCCCAAGAUGCGCAAGUGCUUUAAGCUGUUCAGUGCAAUCUUGAAGAAGAUUGAAGAUGGAUGCGUGCUCUGCACCCUAGAGUUUGAGGACAUCCCACAUUUGGUGUCAUUUCUGAGAGCCUACCGGGAUGGGAAGUUGUCGGAAACUUUGACUCAGGAACUCAUCACAGAGGAGUUGAAACAGGAAGGAGAAACCGACCUCUACAUCCAUGUAACACUUCUGGUUGCAAGAGACACUUCGAGUUCAGGAAAUGAACCUAUUGAACAUGAAGCUGCUGUUAAGGAAAUGGAAGAAGUCGGCCGCGAACUUUGGACCAAGGGAGUAGCACUGGAAACAAAAAGAAAGAAGAAGGAACUGAUCACGGAGGAGAUGAAACAGAAAGGAGAAACCGACGUAAUACAGCUGGUUGUAGGAGACACUUCGAGUUCAGGCAGUGAACCUAUUGAACAUGAAGCUGCUAUCAAGGAAAUGGAAGAAGUCGGCCGCGAACUUUGGACCAAGGGAGUAGCACUGGAAACAAAAAGGAAGAAGAAGCCUAAACCAAAGACCAAAAAGCAGUUGAAAGCAGCAGAGGACCGUAGGAGAGAGAAGGAAAGGGAAGAAAUUGGUCGUCAACUGGAGGCAAGGGCAGAGGCACUGAAAGAGGAGAAGAGGAAACAGAGAGCAUCUGACGGAGAAGAAUCGAAAGCACAAGCUGCCAUUUCUACAGAUUACAGGGAGAUGGCAUAUGAACGCAGUCCGAGAGGAAAAGAUGACGCCGACACCGCCAAGGGCUAUAAAGACACGAGAGAAGACAGGGAGGAGGAGAGUGACUUAGGUAUCGACGUCCUGGAUAGCGACUUCGACGAGGAAGUUCAGGACACGGUGUCUCAGCUCCAGUCGCUGCUCAACGCCUAG